GGAGGGGAUGUGGUGCUGCCGCGGCCGCCACCGCAGCUGCCGCUGCCUGCUUCUCGCCGCGUCUUCCCGGAGGCGGCUGCUGGAAGCCGCAGGGAGCAGCUGCGGUGCUCUGCCAUAUUGUCUCUUCCCCUGGCCGUCCCUCGCCUCCCUGCUGCCGCGGCCGAGCUGACGAACUCUAAGAGUAAAUGGGUCCAGUAAUUGGAAUGACUCCAGAUAAGAGAGCUGAAACCCCAGGAGCUGAAAAGGUUGCAGGAUUAAGCCAGAUUUACAAAAUGGGAAGUCUGCCUGAAGCUGUUGAUGCUGCCAGGCCAAAGGCCACUCUAGUGGACAGUGAGUCAGCAGAUGAUGAACUUACAAACUUGAACUGGCUUCAUGAAAGUACUAAUCUUCUAACAAACUUCAGCCUGGGAAGUGAGGAUCUUCCAAUUGUUAGUCCCUUGUAUGAUAUAGAGGGAGAUGAUGUGCCAUCCUUUGGAUCAUCUUGCUACCAGAACCCAGAAAAAAAAUCCGCAACUUCGAAGCCCCCAUACUCCUUUAGUCUUCUCAUUUACAUGGCUAUUGAACACUCGCCAAAUAAAUGUUUGCCUGUCAAAGAAAUUUACAGCUGGAUUCUGAACCGUUUCCCAUAUUUUGCUACUGCACCAACAGGCUGGAAGAAUUCUGUUCGACAUAAUCUGUCCCUAAAUAAGUGUUUUCAGAAAGUGGAAAGAAGCCAUGGAAAGGUUAAUGGAAAAGGUUCCUUAUGGUGUGUUGAUCCAGAAUAUAAACCUAAUCUUAUGCAGGCACUGAAGAAGCAACCUUUCCCCUCAGCAUCGAAGUCCCACACCCCUCCUGCAUCUCCACAAAGUGGUUCUUUAUCACCUCACUAUUUAAGCUCUGUACUUAAGCAGAACCAGUUGCGAACUCUCAAAGAUUCUGAUAUUGAUGCUGCCACUGCAAUGAUGCUUUUAAAUACUUCUAUAAAACAAGGAAUUUUAGAAUGUGAGAAGCCUCUUCCUCUUAAAACAGCAUUGCAAAAAAAGAGGAGUUAUGGCAAUGCAUUUAAUCAUCCCAGUGUUGUACGAUUACAAGAGAGUGAUUCUUUAGCCACCAGCAUUGAUCCAAAAGAAGAUCACAAUUAUAGUGCAAGUAGCAUGGCAGCACAGCGUUGUGCAUCCAGGUCUAGUGUGUCUUCUCUGUCUUCUGUGGAUGAAGUGUAUGAAUUUAUCCCAAAGAGUGGCCAUGUGGGAAGUGAUGGCAGUGAAGGAUUUCACAGUGAAGAAGAUACAGACGUUGAUUAUGAAGAUGAUCCUCUUGGAGACAGUGGCUAUGCAUCACAGGCUUGUGCAGAUACCUCUGAAAAAGGGCAGUCAGGCAAAAAGAUGCGUAAGCAGUCAUGUCAAGAAAUUGAUGAGGAGCUCAAAGAGGCAGCUGGUUCUCUGCUGCACCUUGCUGGAAUCCGUACAUGUCUAGGUUCCCUAAUAAGUACUGCAAAGACGCAAAAUCAAAAGCAACGAAGAAAAUAGAAAUACUACUAGUGUAAAAUUAUUUUAAAGUGUGGCAAUACUUUUUCUUAAUCCUUUACAAGGGAUAUCAAAGCCAUAAUGGACUUAUUUAGUUUUAGGAUAGGGGAUGGGUAUUAAUUACUUGUUUCUUUGAAAACAUUUUUGCUUUUUGUUUCUUAAAAUUUUUAUUCUACAAUUGCUGUUAGGAUCAUGCCUGAUCAUAAACACAUGAUAAGAAGUCCUAAAAGCAUAAUUUUUGUGAUAAGUGUCUCUAAGAUUUGGAAUUUUUGUAUAAGAAAAACCCUAGCCUCUAUCUUAAACUUGUAGGAAACUCUUUUCGUCUGUUUAUAUGUCAAAAUGUAAGAUUUGGAAAUUCUAUAACUUUUUAAAAAUGUUCGUUUCCAAUCUGUAAUUAACUGUAGCUAUUGAUCCUGCUAUAAAUUUUGCUGAUGUCAUUUUCAUGUACUCCUCUCCUGAUACACAAUCCAGUGAGAUAAGAUUUGGGUUUUUUUUUUAAUUUUGUUCUAAUUUUUGUUUUUAAUUAUUUUUUGUUGUAGCAUGAGCAAAGUCAAAUAUAAAUUGGAAGAGAUUCUGGAUGUCUAGAAAAUUCCUUUUGAUUACACAGAUAGAGAAGACAACAAAGAAUUCUAAGAUUUAGAAAAGGCAACUUUGUGGUGUGAUUUCAUCUAAGGACACUCCCCAUUCCUAUUACAAUGGUAUCUUUGAAAUGUUUUUACUUCAUAGAUGUUGCAUAGCAUUUAACAGGGCCCUUGUAAUUUCCCAAAAUGUUUUGCAGACAUUAAGUUUUAGCCACUAGCUGCCUUUGUUGAGUAGAAGUUAUCCAAUAAAAGGAUAUAGCCAUAGAGUGUGUUAUGGAAUAACAUCCAUUUUGACACACUUUUGCAAUAAGAGAAUCUUUCAUUUGCUUGCCAAAUAUGUACUGCAUUCUGAGAAUCUUGUAAUAGGAAUGGAGUGUAAUAAAAUAUAUUGAAUACUGAUUACCUCUGUUAUAAAUAAAGGUAGGUCAUUUAGGAAAAAACUUCUUUCCAAGCUUUGAAUGAAUUAAAUUCAUUUGAAUACCAAAUUAAAUUUUUAAAAACUUAAUGAACCCAUAGAGACAAAAUACCUUCAGGGAUUUCGAAAUCUGGAUAAAAUUAGGUCUUAUACAGUACAACCUUUUGAGGAGACAGUGUAAUACUCAUGUGCCAUUAAUUCAUGCUAAAAGAUUUUUAUAUUAUCGUUCCAAAAGUGCAUUGACUAGGUGUUUUAAAUAUUUGAGUAAAUCUGCGUAUAUGAGAUAAUUUUACAUAAUAUCAUUUGUAUAGUUUGACUAGAUUAUUCAGAAAGAAAAGGGAUAACUAAUAAGCUAAGCUUGCUCAUUAUAUAUUUUUUUACAAUGGUGGAAGCAACUUUCCCAAAGUCCAGUCUUAUGUUAGAUGUGUAUCCUGUCAUAAGACAAUGACCUUGUUUUCACUUUUCUGAUAGAUACGUAUGUGUACACAGACAGACUCACAUAUACCUGGUAUGCACAGUCAAGUUCAUGAUGUUGAUUUGCUGCUUUCAACUGUUCUGUGACUAUGAAAGCAUUUUCUUGGAUUUUUUUAAAGAGACAAAUAUUUAUAUUUUACUUCUGAAUUUUAUUUGGGCAAAACUGUCAAAUGAGAACGACAACAAAAACAUCUUUUUCAAUUAAUAAGACUAUAAGCCAGGGAUAACAGUAUUAAUGUUCUCUGUCCUGUUUCCAUGUCAGUUUUAAUUUAACCUGGAUAGCCAUACUGAUAGAAUUGGUGCUGUUGAAAUAUAGUAAUGUUAAAAUCUGAGAAUGAAAAAGCCCUUAAGCAUGCAGAAUGAAUAAAGCACCAGAAAGAAAUGCUUUUGCCACAGUAUAAAUAAAUAAUAGAGAUUACACAAAUCAUUUUAAUAAUAAUAUUUUUAAGUUACUACCAUAGCUUUCUGGAUAGAGCUUAGUAACAAUGUUUGAGUGAUCUGGUUCCAGUUUAUAUUGUUCUACUGAAAUUCUAUAUCACAGAUGUUCAACAAAAUCCCUGUACAUUAGAUAAUUACUCUUGAGAAGUAAAGGAAAAUGACCGAAGAUGAGAAGGAGUGGAUUUAUUUCCAGCUCUAACAAGGGAUCUUCAAAGUUAUUUUUUGUCUUGACAUACAUAACUCUUUGAACUCUUUGAUUUUUUUCUCUCCUUCAUGUACUCUUCUCUCAAAUUUAAAUGCUUAAGUUAACACAUAUCAAGGGAAGGAUAAUAAACACUUGUGCACUGAAAGCUAGCAAGGAGAAGUUACACAACAUUUUAUGCUUAAUUCUUAUACAGAAUAUAGUGCAUCUGUGUAAGUUUCCACUUGCUACCGUACCAAGGCAGUUAUAUUGAAGGGGAAGAAUCUUUUUCCUUAUGGUCCCCCUGUUAUUGUUAUUUCCAUAGAAAUUAUGAUCUCAUUCCUCAGGUGUGUUGAAAUAGAAACAUGGUUGGUAACCACUAGUAAGGAAAGUCAUUCCAGGUCCUAUAGACUGGAAAUUGCAUUCUCAAAACUAAAUUUUACUAUAAUAAAAAUAACUUGGAAACCCCAGAGAGGUUACAUGUUUUCCCACAUUAUUUAAAACUUUUAGCUAAUUGUCUUAUGUGAAAAUAAUAUAAAUUUUGUUGCAACAGAUUCCAGUUUAUAAUAGAUCCCUGGUAAAAAUUUGGAUUCAGCAUAGCAUAAUUGAUCUUCAUCUUUCACACCUCAAAUAGAAUCAGUGUUUCUUGAAUAUGUAUUUUUGAAAUUUAUUUGUGCAAUAUAUUACUAAAUUAGUAUUGUAUUUUACUUUUCAAAUUCAGAGAAAGAAAACAGUACUUGUAAUUCAUGGAAAAACUAAUUGUCAGUGGAUCACCUCCCUUUUUCCACCUUUGAGCCUUUCUGUCUUCAUAGCUAGCAUGACUUCUCUUAAA